GUGUCCAUGCAUUCUCACGAUGCCCACCACCUCUGGCGGUGGGUAUAUAAACACCUGCAGUACUGCUCUAUCAAGCUCGUUUCAACUGGCUACAUCCCCACGAAAUAAAUGGUGUCCUUCUCCAAGCCCGCAGUCUCAUUCUUCGCCGUCGCGGCCGCGAUCGUCGCCUCGGUCUCCAUCUCAGGUGCUGAGGCCGAUGACUUGACCAGUAUCAAGCAUGUAGUUUACUUCAUGCAAGAAAACCGAGCUUUCGAUCAUUACUUUGGAACCAUGGCCGGCGUGCGUGGAUUCAAGGAUCCGAACGUCAAGAUCACGGACGGGUUGCCGGUGUUUUACCAGCCCACUGCCUCUGACGAGGCGGAUUAUCUGCUGCCGUGGUACUUGAACGAGGAUCCCACGUACGUCGAAAGUACGCAGUGCAUGGUCGCUGGGUCUAAUGACUGGGAGCCGAACCAUUACUCGUGGAACAACGGCAAGAUCAACGGCUGGGUUACAAACAACACCGCCUGGUCUUGGGGCCAUCUCAGACGCUCUGAUGUGCCUACUCAUUGGGGCAUCGCCGAGGGCUGGACUGUCGGUGACAUGUACACCGAGUCCGUUAUCGGACCUACCCAUCCUAAUCGUGCAUCCUGGGUUUCUGGAACCAUCAACGUGCCUGGAUCUCCUGCAGAUGAGGUCGCGCCACAUGAGUACAUGGGUGGUCCCUUCCUCGAGAACUACGACACCGACGGCUGCCAAACCAACGGCAACGUCACCUACUCGUGCUACCCCCUCCGCUGGAACACGACCGCCGACUACCUCGAGGCCGCCGGCAUCGACUGGUACGUCUACCAGGACGAGGACAACUUUGACGACAACCCGUUCGCGUGGUUUGCGCAGUUCCAGGACGCGGACGAGGACGACUCGAUGGCGAUCAACGCCCUCAGCUAUACCGGUCUCGAGUCCUUCUACGAAAUGGCCGCGAACGGUUCCCUUCCUGCUGUGUCGUGGAUCAUCGGGCCUGCGGAGCUUACCGAGCAUCAGCCGUAUAUGCCCAAGGACGGCGCCUGGUUGCAGCAGAAGGUUGUCGAUGCGGUCACGAACGGCAAGGAUUAUGCGUCUACCGUGCUGUUUAUUUCGUAUGAUGAGACUGGUGGAUGGGGUGAUCACGUCGAGCCUUUCAUCUCGCCCAACGGCACUAUUGGCGAGUGGUUCGUUGACCCCGAGGAGCAAGAAAACUACGUGCCCUCAGGCCCCGGCUUCCGUCUUCCGUUCUACGUGAUCUCGCCCUGGACCCGCGGCUCGCGCGUCUUCACCGAGCCCUCGGACCACAGCUCGCAGAUUUUGUUUCUCGAGGCAUGGGCGGAGGCCAACGGCAAGUCGAUUUACAACGAGUAUGUGAAUCCUUGGCGUCGUGAGCACAUGUCGAACUUGGUCAACAUGUUUGACUUUGAGAAUCCCGACUACUCGAUCCCCGAGAUCGCCAACGCAUCCUUCCCGUCGUUCAACACUACCUCGCAAUCCUGGGACGGCUACCAAAUCUGCAUGGACGCCUACCCAGACCUCGACGACCGCCGCCCGCCCGUCCCCUACGGCGAGCAAAACGCCACGAUCUGGACCGAGUCCGGGUACAAGCAGAUCCUCGGCGACCUGACCGAGGGUCGCUACCUCGUCUUCACGCAGACCGUCAACGGCAAGCAACUCUCGUUCAGCUCCGAGUCGACGUCGCAUUACCUGAAAAACACGGCCGCGGCCGACGACUACAGCGCGACCACGCAGCGCUUCGUCGUCGUCCAGGUCGGCAACGCGUUCUCGCACAGGUUUUACAUCAAAUCACACCACGACACGUAUCUGCAUCACUCGGGCGAGUUCUUUGACGCAAAGGCCGAGGCUUCGAUUUGGACUAUCAUGUUCGUGGCCGGGAGCGGAUACUCGGUGUACUCGGAGGAGAAGGAGAUGUAUCUCAAGCUGCGCGGUGGAAGCCAUAAGACUCCGACGCUUACCGAGGACGCGUCGUAUUUCACGGUGUACUCUGUCACCUACUAAGCCUUGAAUCCCGGUCAAAAGCAGGUGUGCUCCUAUGAUUAGCAGUUACCCAGAAAUGUUUUAAUAAUAUCUGAAUAAAAUCAAUCAAUCUCGAAUUAUAGUCGCAGUAGAUUUUCUCAUCCUAUAAGCUAGAGAAAAAAAACAAUUACGUGCUUCACAAUA